GUGAAGGCCAUCCUCGGGAGGUUGAAGGACCUCUCCAAGGAGAUCGACGCCCGCUUGAAAAAAGACACCGAUAGCGAGGAUAUUCAGAAGCUGACCAUUGGCAAGAAGAAGCUCUCGGCGAUUAUGGCGAUCGUGGAACAGGCGAGCAAGGCGGGCAUGGACGACGACGCGUUCAAGGACACGUGCGACAUGGCCGUGACGAAGCUCCAGUUAUCGCCGACGACCACGGUGGUUUUUCCGCCGCAUGUAUCCUCUGCCCGGCACAAGUUCGACAUCCGCAGCGUCUCGUCGACCGAAGUUUGGCUCGCGCAUGUGAACACUGAGUCGUUGCGGAAGGCUGGUUUGGCGGGCGUCUCCGACGAGCAGGAGAGGCUGUGGUCUGAGCGCCUAUCCACCAUCUUGAAAAUGAAAGACGCGGACAUGAACGCGACCUUCGACGACCUGUUCAACGCGGACCGCGAGUUCGAUUCAGAGGAGAGCGUCGAGUCGUUUGUCACCAGCUUCGGGGUGUGCUGGAACAUGUUCUCGUACUCCGACCUGGAGGUGCUGGUUGAAUUGGGGGUCGAGGCGGUGGGGGCGCUCGUCCCGCGCCACGUCGGCCAUGCCUGCGACCCAGCUCGGCGGCGCACUGAUGGGCGUCCCCAAGGGGCGGAAGCUGCUAGAGUCGUUCUGGGCGCACGUGGCCAAGCCGAGCACAUUCAGGCGAUCCUGGCGUCCCUGGCCAUUCUCCUCGGCGCGCUGAAGGAGGCAGUGGACGUCGUCUUGCCAGAUGUCCGCGCCUGCAGCCCCGAGUCGCUCGGAGCGGUCCGCGCGGCCUUACUUGCGCUGCGUUCAGACUUCGAGUUGAAGGUGCCGCAGUGCCUGCCCGCCUUCAUGCCCGACUUCUCGAAGCCAGACACUAGCGAGACCUUCCGGCGCCUGGCUAAAGAGAUGCACAGCGCGUGGGCCGCCAUCUUCGCGCCCAUCGUGAAUGUGAAUGCCAACCUACCUGACUUGAGUAGUUGGGUGGCAGGGUCGAGUGCGUCGAGAACCAAACUGGUCGACUGCACUUCCUCGAUCGUGCAGUGCAAGGUGGUCUUCGGCCCUGACGACGACCUCUCGGCCUGCGACUUCCUCAUGCAGACGUCUGGCUGCUUGGUUGAGUGCAGCGCUUUAAUCCUCGACAAGGGUGCCUCGAUGGGGGGCGCCCAGAAAGUGCAGGAGCGCUUUGAGGGGAUCUUCCGCGCGAGCAAGGAUGCCAUCGGGGAGCAGAUGAAUGAGGACAUGAAGGGCCUCGUUGAGGUUAACGCGGCGUUCAAGGGCAUUCCCUUCGAGGCUUCCGAGGUGGCGACGGCAGACCUGCAGCGCGUCAGCGCGCUGGCCGACAGCACCCUGUCCGACCCCGUCGUCAACAACGUCGUGAAGUGGGCCACGUCUUCCGGAGACGCGUCGCUCUUGCAGGAGGCGACCUACCUGUCCCUUUCGCACGCCUUCGCGAAGUCGCUGGCCGAGGCUCGCGCCGUUGGUGAACAGGCGCUCGGCCACGCCAAGCUGGAAAAGAGGAUGAUCACUCAGAAGCAAGUCGACGUCUUGAAGGCCGCCCGUGCUCGUCAUGCUGCUUUCGAGGCGUUCAAGAAGGAGAAUGCCUUGUUUUUCGGCGACGGGGAGGCCGUACAAGUGGCCUCCCACAUCCCGAUCUUGAGCCCGCUCGUGAAGCCAAAAGUGCUCGGGCCCGCCUUGCUGGAGCAGUCCCUGAGCAUCCAGGGUAAGUUCGCAGAGACUUGGACUAGAGACCUCGAGUCCUUGGGCGAGCAUGUGCAGGCGUCGUGCCCCAAUUAUACGCCGCUGAGAGGGACCUUGCUGAAUAAUGAAGCCAUGGUGAAGCAGUUCACGGAGAAUCCUAAGUACCGCGGCAUCGGCAAGCUCACUGCCGCGAUGAAAGAGCACAGGCGCCUGAUUAAGCUCAUUCACGCCGACCGUCACCCAGCGCUGGUUUCAGCGGAAGUCAUGAAGAAAGCGAAGGAGCUCAACGACAUGGGCGUGGAGACCGUGGCCUUCACGUUCUUCAUGUUUAAGGUCAAGGUUGCAUGGAAGGACGUUGUUAACCCCACGAUCGCCAGGAAAAACGUCGAACAGCUCCGCCUCGAACUGACGCCGGGCGGCGUGCAGCUGACUCAGGAGAUGGAGGAGUGCCUCAAGGACUGGGAGGAGGGCGCCAUGCUGCCGGACGCGAUCGCUGCCCGAGCUGCUGCCGCGAAGGCUGCAAAGGAGGCGGCCCCCGACGUCGGUGCGAAGAGCGAGCCUGCUCCUGGGGCCAGGGAAGGGCCAGGCGCUGGGCCCACUACCGAGACGAAGGAUGGGAAGAAGAUAUCGCUCGCUGAGCGGGCGAGGGCGGCCAAGAGGCUUCGUGCGUCUUGA